UAUUUAGAAAAAAAAAUGGUUAAUAGCAUGCCAUUUUGAGUUGCAUUUAUUACUAGCGAUUUCCUUUUCCUUUGUUUAUCAGUACGACAAUGAUAAGGUAAUUUUCUUGUUGAUCAUCAUAACAUGCAUUUUUUAUCAAACACUUUAUGCUUUUCUUUCCAUCUUUCUCCGUAGCUUUUUUUGACUUCUCCCCUACUCAUAUAGACUUCUUAAGUUUCUUCAUUUUCAUCAUUCCACAUUAGAAACCAGUGCUAUAGACAACAGAGAAGAGAGACUGAAGACUGAAGAAGAUCAGAGUGAAGAGAAAAAAAUGAUUCCUUUUCCAAACUACUAUGGAUCAGUUGAUACUUGGGCUGCGGCAGCAACCAAUAAUUCAAAUCACAGUGUUGGUUAUAAUUUACCACAUCAACAGUUUCACUCAUCAUCAACAACAAUGGAUAUGGGAAGUAACGAUAAUAAUGCAGGAAUUGCUACAACUUCAUCGAAUUCAAAAUCAAUGACUGAUCAAAAAGCAUUAGCGGCAUGUAAGAGUCAUAGUGAAGCUGAAAGAAGAAGAAGAGAAAGAAUCAAUGGUCAUCUUGCUACUCUCCGUACUCUUCUUCCAAACACCAUCAAAACAGAUAAAGCAUCUCUGCUAGCUGAAGUGGUGCAGCAUGUAAAAGAACUGAAGAAGAUAGCAAAUGACAUUACAGGAGCAAACAGAGAUGGUGAUGGAUGCUACAAUAACACAGCAGAGUGGUGGCCAUUUCCACAAGAAACAGAUGAACUGACACUAAAUUAUUAUUGUGAAGCAUCAUCUUCAACAUCAAUGGAUGAACUGUUGUUAUCCUCAUCGUCCUUGUUGUUGAUUAGGGUAUCGUUAAGUUGUGACGACAGACCUGACUUAAUGGCGGAUUUAACACUUGCGUUAAAAUCGGUAGGAGCAAAAGUUGUGAAAGCUGAGAUUACUACUGUUGGUGGAAGAUUGAAGAGUAUAUUGAUUAUACAAAGUGGUGUUGGUGGUGGUGGAGGAAAUGGUUUAGGGGAUUUGGGUACAUUAAGACGAGCGUUAAAGGCUGUUCUUGAUAAGCCUUCACCAUCUACAUCAUCGUCAGUCUCUGUUGGGAAUAUGGGAGCGCAAGGGAACAAUAGUAAUAAUAGUAAAAGACCACGUUUUUGUAGAAGAUUUGGUUCAUCAUCCCAUAGUGAACUUUAGACUUGUUUUUUCUUUUUUCUUUUGCUUAACAAACUUCAGUUUUAGUGGAUUUGGAGAAAAGAAUAGGAGGGGAAGAAAAUACAUGGGGUGGGUUGUUUUGAUUUGUGUGGUUUUCGAGUUUAUUACUGUAGUUCUUUGAGUUAUGGUUUUAUGGUGCAAAUUAAGGUUUUAAGUGACGUGAAUGUAAUGUAAUUAAAUUGAAUUUCUGAAGGUCUAU